UUGGCAGGCCUCCGCUAAUAUCAAGGAAUUUAUAGUAAAGAAUCGAUAAAACGUGAAACUCAAAGCAGAUCAGUGAUGUUUUCAUGAUAGGUUUCUUAUGUUUUGGAUAGUUUAAAACAAACUUAGUAACUGGUGAACGUCAUCUGAGAUAUUAGCGACACAAUAUUCGUGCGUGAUACGUCAGGAUUGAUUGAGAUAUAUACAAAUCAGCUUAGCAUCUACAAAAAGAGCUAAUAUGAUGUAUUUUAGAGGGAAAAGAAAAGUGGUUGAAGACCCAAUAGGUCACUUUGAGCAUAUUCCUCCACAGAUGAAAGCUGCUUUGAACAAGGAGGUGAUCAUGGCACAUUCAGCGUACGCACGUGCAGCAGGACUUCAGAGCGAGGUCAACAAGAUAACGGUCACAAGGGUGGCUGGGAAUGAGGUCGAAUACAAGCGUCAACUUAACCUGUAUCGGAAGGACAUGAUGCUAACGAUUAAUAACAUUCAGAGAGAGGAAAAACGUUUGAAAAAAUCCAUGGUGAAGUACCGAGGACGGAUGCAGCAGAAUCGACGAGAAAGAAAACAGAGGGAAAAGGAGGAUUAUGAGAGGGAUCGUAGGGCAAUGAAAAAUAUGUCCAAUGUACUAGUGGUACAAACAUCUGAAAUGCUCGUACCUGUAAAAGAGGGGUCCCCAGACAGUGGCAUUGGCGAGGAAAUUCAAGGGAAAGAGAAGGAAGAAGGUGAUGAGGAUGAUACUUUGGAAGGGGAAAACGUAAAUGAAGAUAGUGAAAACACAAAAUUGAAAUCCAAAAUAUGUGUGAAGAAAUUGAGGAAAGGUGAGGACUGCAACGGUAAAACAUAUAUCACACUACCUGUUAUAACGGAGGAUACAGAGGAUACAGAGGAGAAAUCUAUAACCGGUACAAUGACAGAGGACGGUAGAGAUUCUGCGACUGGAACACAUGACGACGGAAAGGUAUCAAAAGAUGACUCAAAAACAGUCAAACUGCCUGAUAUCAUAAAAAGUAAACGCCGACCUACAAAGACUUUGAAAACAAAAAAGCAAGUUGUUUCGUUUGCAGAUUUAAUAAAGCUGCAACAUACCACAAGUACGAAGAAACUUUUCGAUUUAGUGCACAUCCUCGCAGAAAAACAUGGUGUUAAGGACGAUCAAGUCGUCCUAAAGAAAGAGAACAGAAACAUUGUUGCUCUGAGGAGCAAUGACCAGGGUAUAUCAGACUCGAUGAUGCGUGCGGCGUCUGUCCUGUAUCCGAUGAAAUUCGGAUACAUUUUGGGUAAUCAUACAGAUAAUGUCGAACCUAUCACUCCUUCCUCGUCACUGGACGAGCCGUCCACGGACAAUUCUGGGCUCUCCUCUCCUCUAGAGACCAGACACUCCAGUAAACCGUCGUCUUCCCGUGUAAACUUUCGAAUUUCCGACGGUCACAAUUCUGGGGUAAGGAACUACUCCAGACAAACGGAACCAAAUAUCUCAAGUGUUCGAAGUUCGUACCCAAAGGAGAAUAUGAAAAGGAACAACAGCAUGCCAACACUACUCGACGUGGUCGAGAAGGUGCAAAAAGCUCAUUCUCAUAAACAAACUGAAAGUGACUCUUCUCAUAGACGACAUUCGAUGUCAAAAUCGUCUAGUUCAACUCCAAGGAUUUUACCACCUUUAGAGAGAAAGAGAAUGUCUACCGGUAAUGUGUAUGCACAGAAAAGUGAUGCUGUUUCAUGGACAGAAGCGUUUGCAUUGUUGAAAGGUGUGCAUAAUUUAUUUGAUUAAUCCAAUGGAAAGUGCCAAAAUUACAUAUCAGUUAUAUUUUGUGAUUGAUUUAAUUUCGUAUACAGUUUAUGGAUACAAACCAAAGACACUUUUUAUAAAGAGGGAUUUGCCUUUUCGUCAUUGUCUUCGGUAAAAAUGGUUCUUUUGAAGAAAACAUAAAUGUUCAAAUUUGAAUAUUUUAAAUAUAUGAACGCAUAUAUUGUGACGUAAACUGCAUGACAGCAUAGAAUAAACUUUAUGUUCAAUUCAUAAUUACGGAUUUAUGGAAGCGAAAUGACGUCAACCAAACUGACAUAACAAUAGACAAUAGCGCAGAAUUGAUUAUAUUACAAACAAAAUUAUGUAUAUGAAACGGAUAUAUUUUAAUUACCGGAUCAGAUAUAAUAUGCCAAAUACAUUAUAAGCUACACAGGGUUUUAUAUAUGACCAAUAUUAUCGAUAAUCUGUUCAAUAAAUUUGAAAAAUAUAU